GUUCUCUUCUCCAUCGGUGUUGUUUCCAGUCCUGACGUGGAGCCGUGCAUGGCUCGUGUAUUAACGCCAGGAUCGCCUCUAGUGCAUCAGUCGUGUGUUUACCGCGGAGCCCAGGAUUCCGAUCUCUGCAGGUGGUCUACACACACACAGAUGGACUAGUCGGAGAGAGGUUAUUAGAGAGCCAACUACAACAUCUACCAUCGGACUAAUCAUUAACCUGAAGGAACACCCACCCCGGCUAAUUCAUAUAUGAAUCGAACAGUUUGUUCCCCUCUAUAGCUCAUUGUUGAACUUAAUGGCUUCAGACACUUGUUUGCAUCGUUGGAACUUGCUUCCACUGGGAUUUACUCUCCCGUCGAAAGAAAAAAAAGACGUUAAGCGUUAACCGUCAACUCUUCCAUACAGAAAGCAUCGUCAGAUCCCCCGCAAACAGCGACACAGGGAGAAACAGAGAGACAUAUAGAGAGACACAGAGACUCACAGAGAGACACAGAGAGACAUAUAGAGAGACACAGAGAGAGAGACACAGGGACUCACAGAGAGACACAGAGAGACAUAUAGAGAGACACAGAGAGAGAGACACAGAGACUCACAGAGAGACACAGAGACACAGAGAGACACAGAGACACAGAGAGAAACGCUGCCUGCCAUCGACGGGGAGGGGGUGCAUGGGUACAUGUGGUUUGCAUUCCCCAUCCUUCUCCGGUGCUGCGGGCUGUUAGUCAGACCGGAGCCAUGCUGCAGGGCCAGGGCCUGCUGAAGAGCCGCUGCUGCCUCCUGCUCAGCGAGCUCAGGGUGCUGCUGCUCGGGCCGCACGCCCCCUCCACGCCGCUGCCCCCCUCCCACGUCCUCACCCCUGUCGGCGGGGGACAGGCGGAAGACCACCAGGCCGCCAGCGGGGGCGGCGUCCCAAUGGGGGCCACAGUCUCGGACAACAACAACACGUUGGUGCGGGGCCACCAUCAGCCGGCGGGGGGGCCCGGGCCGGGCUGGGUGGACGCGGCGGAGCUGUCGGCGGCGCUGCGCGUGUGCAGCUCCUCCCCCGAGGAGCGCACCAAGGGCCGGCUGGAGGAGAGGUACUCCAUGAGCAGCUUCAGCGAGAGCGGCUUCAGGACCCCCGUGUGCAGGAUCUGCUUCCAGGGGCCCGAGUAUGGGGAGCUGCUGAGCCCGUGUCGGUGCUGCGGCUCGGUGCGCUGCACCCACCACCCCUGUCUCAUCAAGUGGAUCAGCGAGCGAGGGUCCUGGGCCUGCGAGCUCUGUUACUAUAAGUACCAGGUGAUCGCCAUCAGCACCAAGAACCCCCUGCAGUGGCAGGCCAUCUCCCUGACGAUGAUCGAGAAGGUGCAGAUCGCGGCGGCCGUCCUGGGCUCUCUGUUCCUCAUGGCCAGCAUCUCCUGGCUGGUGUGGUCGUCCUUCAGCCCCUCGGCGCGCUGGCAGCGGCAGGACCUGCUCUUCCAGAUCUGCUACGGGAUGUACGGCUUCAUGGACAUCGUGUGCAUCGCGCUCAUCAUCCACGAGGGCCCGUCGGUGUUCCGUAUCUUCCACCGCUGGCAGGCAGUCAACCAGCAGUGGAAGGUCCUGAACUAUGACAAAUCUCAGGACCGCGAGGACCUGAAGGACCCGGCCGCCGGCGACAGGACUCUCUCUCCGCCGGGUCCGGGGGCAGACUCCCAGCCCCCCGGGGUGGGGGCGUCCUCCUCCACCGUCUCCCUGAUGGUUGGGGUCUCCUCACCCCCGGGCUCCACCGUGACGUCCGGUGGGAGGGCGGGACCCCAGGGCAACCCCUGCGAGGCGGCCGGACCCCCGGACCAACAUGGCCCCUACAACAUCCUCAACCUGCUCAGCCACCUGAGGGCGCCGGAGCCCCGCGGCCCACCAAGCGCCCCCCCCGGCGACGCCCCGCGGGAGCUGGUCAUGAGGGUCACCACGGUCUGAGGGACGUGGCCCCGUCCCGGAGGACGCUGACUGAGGGGGAAGAGGAGGGGCGGCCCGGACCCGACUGCGCGGGAGGACCCGACCGCCAUGUCGUCUGUGAAGUGCAUCUGGGAUGUCCGGGAUUGAAUAAAAAUCUUGUUGUUUUAUUUGUA